AACAAGCUAGCUAGCACGCGCCCACACUGUGAUGGAGGAACUAACGUUUCUGUUAAUGAUGCAUGAGGAAUCUAUGACUAAAAGUUCUGAACAGUGGGGACACGUAGAUCACAAUCUACUGCAGAUCCAGGAUGAGUUUCACAGAAUCACAAUGGUGCAUCUUGAACCGAAGUUCAAGUCCAAGCUGGAUGAAUGUACUCCUCGGCUUCUGAACCUCUUCCACUCCAAGGGCAGAAGCAUGGGGUUGAGGUUGCAGGCUAUCCUACUCAAGACUCCAAGCAAUCCUGACAUCAACAUGACCAGAGAUGUUGUCAUUCGAUGUUUGAUGAUGUACCUUGGGGAAUCUACAGAUCAACUCUUAAAAGAGUACGAUGAUGCUGAUGAAGACAGUGUGUCGCAGGACCUUGCUGUUCAAAACCUGAAGAUCUACAACAUCAAGGCUAACACGUCAGAAGAUCCAGACAACAUUGGUAUCGUGAUGGAGGGCGUGAAAGUUCUAACUGCUCUGGGUAACUUUCCAAGGGCUUGCUCCCUGCUCAUUGGGUUGGUGUAUGCUGUGAAUCUUGCCUAUCCAAAGGAGCUCAGGUACACGUUUGAAGUGUUUCAGAAACUUCUCCUUGGGCCUGAUAGUUCAAAGCUCUCCCCCAAAAUCGACCAAGAGAGGAAGGUCAUGGAAAAGAGGAAGAAACAGAAGCACAAAGAAAGAGUUCAGAGGACGAAAGAGGAGGAGACACAACAGUUGGAGAUGAAGGAGGAGGAGGAGAGGGAGUGUAAUUAA